GUUGGGACUGACCUGGCUUCCUGACACGUAACCUCGACUGACUCAGCUUCACAUCGGCCAACUAUGCAGACGCCGAGACUGAAUGCAGACAUACUCGCAACAAUCAUCUCCGUUGCGGAUUGGGAUGAAAUUCCCGUGAUGAUGCAAGCAUGUCGUCUUUUCUACCACGAAGGUCCGAAGAGACUCCUUGACGGCUGUGUCACCCUGGACUGCGACGAAGAGUUCCUCGUGUUUUUCCAAUUUAUGCGUGCGGAAGGAGGAACACGCUCGCGCUACCUCACCGACCUUGCCAUCAUUCCCAUCGACCAUGGAGAUGCCAUAUGCGAAGAAACUGCCCAGCUUCUCGCCCAGUUCCUCCGCACAUCAUCCUUCCCUCGUCUCACAACCCUGCGUAUCGAAGACACUGAGGACCUCUUCACGCGUUACCCUUUCCUCCUGCCCGCGUUCAAAACACUGUCCCGCCUCGAAGAGUUGACUUUAGUCUCCUGCGACCGGCUCGCUUGUGAACUGGUGGACGCAGUCGGCGGUCGUCUGCGCGAUGUCACGCUCGCAUACACAGAAGAGUACGAGGAACCUAUGGCCACGCCUGUGGAAGACAUCCAUCCCCUCGUAACGCUCCAGCGCUCCCACGCCACCCUGGAAAAGCUCGAAGUCAGAUUCAUGGACGCGACUCUUCCAGAGUCCCUGUACCCGCCGCCUUUCCCCAAUGUGGCCGAACUCGUAAUCGCCUGGUGCGCCUAUCCGUCCCUUGCGCUCUACAUUCAUGCCUUCCCCAAUCUGCGUUGCCUCGGCCUCAAGUUCACGAUCAGCGAGGACGACUUCAUCAACCCGGGCGCCCAGGCCAAUGGGCUCCGGCAAGCCAACCGCACCCACCAGCUCCAGCACAGCUCGUGGAAGUCACUAGACGACGUCUUCGGCAACGUCACGGACGUCUAUAUUAGCGGACUUGCGUGCCAUGUCAAACGCCUUAACAUAACUCUGCAGCACACGCGUUCCAGUAAUUUCGAAAUGCUCGGGGACAUCGUCAACGAUACGCGACCCUUGAACCUCUCUGUCUGGGUCGGCUGCGAGGGAGCGUUCGACAGCGUUGUGGGCGUCCCUUACGUGCUACGGAAGGAGGGCGUGAAGAAUCUCGAAGUAUUCCAGCUGGAGGUCCGGCUCGUUCCUGAAGAGUCGGACAUCGACCUCUCCCAGGCUCUGGAGGACAUCCUCGUGUCUUGCAAACCGCUGCCCCUGCAAGUUGUGGACCUUCAGUUCACGUGCUAUGAUCUCCCGGUGCGCAGAGAGGGCAGACGACUGGGCGGCAGGGCCGCGCUUCCUCAAUGUCGGGUCGAGGAAUAUCUCGAGCAUGUGGAUUUCAAUGAGCUCGGCAACCACUUCCUUGCAAGUGUACCAACGCUGCGGGAGGUCACGGUGUCUCUCCAGGGACACCGUAGGCGCGGCGACGAUGUGGCAGUUGUCGUCAAGAUGGACGGCCGGCCCGGUGUUGCAGAUAGUUGGGCGAAUGCAGAACGUCUGUCAAGACGUGAUAUACAUACCAAAGGGUGGGAGUUCUAAACAUCUUCAAUAAACCGAGGCACAUUACUAUCUACCCGGAGUCUUGC